AUGAUUUCUCGGGUGUCCACCGUUCUACUACUACUUUUUUGUAGUUUUUUGACGGUGGAGAGCAUUUCCCAAAACGAGCUCAACGAGCUUUCCCGUAAAUUCAAGUACUACCAUUCGGCGGUCCGACCGGCGGCACCGGAUAACUUUGUAUCCGAUCGAAAUGGAACGUUUUUCAAUAUUCCUGUCGAAAUACACUUAUUAGCUACACGUAUUGUUAAUCGCAAUCUUUAUCUGGAAGUAAUAAUCGUCAUGUCCUGGAUAGAUGAACGUCUCCGUCUGCGAGAACUAAAAGAUCGCUUCUCAAUGCCCUCAGAAUACCCGCCAUGGCAUCCAUCACUAGUUUUCUCUCCACCAAUCACCUCAAAAUAUACAACACUCGCGCCAACAACAGGAACAAUGAAUAGCUACAGUACGAUCAAGACUACGGUAGAGUGUCAGACGAACGCGUGGAAAUAUCCAUUCGAAUCGUUCACGUGUACCGUAUCAGUGGCGCCCGAAGGUGAUGAGACGCUUACAGUAACCCAGUUUCAUGAUUUGAGGACGCAUACGCAAAAGUUGCUGACAAACGUGUUUUUGGGUGACUAUCCGCAGUGCAGUCUCGAAUUCAUUUUCCGUUCCGAGUGGCCUCGAGCCCUUUUAUCCUCAUUUCUUCCCAGUAUUCUUAUCGUUUCAUCCGUCUUCUUCGCCCAAUGGAAACGGCGGAAAAUUCAAAUUCUAGUUUCUCUCGCAGCAAUGGUUGGUAUAUUAAUUAUGUUAUGCUCCCAACGACCGUACACCGCCACCACACUAAUGGAUCUCUGGUUAUGUUCGAACUUUAUACAUUCUGUGUUUCUCGUUUUGAUCGAUUUGACACUGCCGGCCAGGAGAGUACGGUAUACACUUAUGGUACAUGUGGAUGAGGAGAAGAAACAGGCGAAUCCCGUCAAGAUUAUGACUAGUUCCGACACCGAACACACUGGCCCACUUCGAUUCGUCAACCAUGUCAUCGAUUAUUUGAUGAAAAAAGAGUACAAGCCGAGGACUACGGUAGUCACCGCGUGUCCGGGACCGACACCAAUUCAACGUCAAAUCACUACUGCCAUGUUGGGAAAUCGCAAGCGCGGCGCCCUUUUUUGUAUUCUCAUCUCCUAUCUACUAUUUUGCUGA